GUGACGUGCGGGUGCUUUCUGUGUGACCAUAGUUUCAACUUUCAAGAGUUUGAAUAAGAGAAAGAGAGAGAAGCGAAAACAAGUGAAGCUAAUAGACAUGAGGAUCGUUCGUAGAGACCUCGUGCCCAAUGGACCUGGAAGCGUUAAGAUGGUGGCAGUGGAUUCCGAUGACCUGUGGUUUGCGUAUAACUUGAUAGCUCCCGGAGACUCCGUCAUGGCCGUUACCAUUAGGAAGGUUCUUCGAGAAGCUGCUAAUGGCGGACGAGAUGCAGCACGCGUCAAGCUCAAAUUGGAGAUUAAAGUCGAAGAGGUUGCGGAUUAUGACAAGGAAGGUUCUGUUUUGCGUAUUCGUGGAAAGAAUAUUUUAGAGAAUGAACAUGUCAAGAUAGGAGCAUUCCAUACUUUAGAACUGGAACUGCAGCGACCGUUUGUGCUCAGGAAGGAUGUUUGGGAUUCAUUGGCUUUGGAGGUACUACAGCAGGCCUCUGAUCCUGGUGCAAGUGCUGAUCUAGCUGUGGUGUUGAUGCAAGAAGGAUUAGCUCAUAUCCUCCUUGUUGGUAGAAGUAUGACUGUUACUCGUUCGCGGAUUGAAACAUCAAUUCCACGCAAGCAUGGGCCUGCAAUUGCUGGUUAUGAGAAAGCUUUGGAUAAGUUCUUUGAGAAUGUUUUGCAGGCUUUCUUGAAACAUAUAGACUUCAACGUGGUUCGAUGUGCAGUAAUUGCAAGCCCAGGAUUUACAAAGGAUCAGUUUCAUCGUCACUUAUUUUUGGAGGCAGAACGAAGACAGUUGCGACCUAUUAUUGAAAACAAAUCACGCAUCAUUCUUGUGCAUACAAGUUCAGGAUACAAACAUAGUUUAAGGGAGGUUCUGGAUGCUCCAAAUGUCAUGAGUUUGAUAAAAGAUACCAAAGCAGCGCAAGAGGUUCGAGUUAUGAAGGACUUCUACAACAUGCUUUCAAAUGAUCCGUCACGUGCUUGUUAUGGAAUGAAGCAUGUUGAGGUUGCCAAUGAACGGCUAGCUGUACAAACGCUUCUCAUUACGGAUGAUCUUUUCAGGAAUACAGACAUAGCAGCAAGAAAAAAGUUUGUUAAUUUGGUCAACUCUGUUAAGGAUUCAGGAGGCUCUGUUCAUGUAUUUUCGUCCUUGCAUGUCUCUGGCGAACAACUAGCCCAGAUAAGUGGCGUUGCUGCAAUUCUUCGGUUUCCUCUCCCUGAUCUUGAAGACAUUGAGAUGUGAUGGAUAAUGUUGGUCAAGCAUGUUAUCGUUUGCCAUGUGUUUUAUACUAUUCUUAAAUACUUGGCUCAUGUUGCAAUUGCAACAGUCCCUCGGCACUCCUAGCGGUGGGUUGCAAAAUACGUUGAACGAGGGACUUGUAUUACAAACCACAAAAUGCUAAUUAAUAGUUGCAAGUCAUUUACCACCCGCUGUUCUAUAUAUUUUUGGGGUGAAUUCCUGUGCUGCUUGAUAUUUAUGUAUAUGAUUCUGUUGAGUAAUUAUGUUAGAAACAGUCCUCUGCCACGAUUUGGGGGAGUUGUCUCGUUUUUCUUGA